AUGGAAAUAGAACGACAAAGAAAGAAAUAUGUUGCUAAUUGUGGCUUUGUUAACGAGACAGACGUUGAAGAGAUCUUGGCUUUGAUAGGACUGCUUUAUAUGACAGGUUGUAGAAAAGACAAUCAUCUAACUACAGCAGAAAUGUGGUCAAAGCAUGGACCAGAAGUGUAUCGAUGCGUAAUGAGUGAAACAAGAUUUAGAUUUUUGAUAUCUUGCCUCAGAUUUGACGACAAAACCAUGAGGGACCGAGAAGAUAAACUUUCUCCAGUACAUCUUGAAAAGGUAUUGGACAUGUCAUUUGAUGUUGAAAAACUGCACUUAAGAUUAAAUGAAUAUUUAGCACUAGUAAAAGACGCAGACGCAAAACAUAGACAAUUUGCUGAUUUGCUCCGCCGCUUUUGUACGUUGGAAUUGUUCCAAAAAAUAAAGAAAGAACUUACCCAAAAGGACGGGAUUAGCAAAGAAUGGCACCUCAGUGACAUCAGAUUGGACAUAGCAGCAUUCGAUGACGUUACUCUCUCCUUUAAGGCCUCGCAUGACGCUAUUUGCGAACCUGGCACCAGCAUAGGCCAUGGAAAGAGUCGCAGACCCGUGGCCUACUUUGGCUUUAACUACCUACAAAGAAUAACAGACAAAGGCUUCCUAGGUACACCAGCAGGGAUAACCACAACAUCUGCACUGUUUAAGGCAUCUUUAAGACUUUCUUGUCCAGCAAAUCUGUCAAAAAAAUAA